AUGCCGCCAGAUAGUGAUACUAUUAUAGUAAAUACCCAAGAAAAUAGGCAGGAGAGCUUAGGGCCAGAGGCUCAAAUCGAUAGAGAAAUGGAGAUAGAGUCCACUCCAGCUACCCCCACCCAAAACCAACCAACACCAAGCGUAUUUGAAAUACCAAUACUACCACCAAACAAACGAUAUGCCAACUUCUCGCCAGAGACUACCUAUAGAGGCAGAAACCCAUACCAAAACACCUCUAGUUUAAAACCAAUUGCCAAGACCUCUGAGCAGGCAAUCUAUCGGGCGAGGGACCUUAUUCUUCAAGCCUCCACAAUGGAAGAGUCCCAUGUAGCUCAAAAUAAGCUACUAGAGCUACUAGACGUCUUCAGAGACUAUACUGAAACGGGUAGAGUAGCUAACCAAAUUACAGAAAAGCUAUCUGCUAAGCUAGCUUACCACUCAGCGACGCUCGCAAACGCCUCUCAGCAAGCAACAAAGACGCUUAAACAAGCCACGAUUGCAGCUUCAAACAAGGCACAGCCAAUAGCCACACAACAAGCACAAAAACCAGCCCAAACCUCCUACGCCACAAUUGCAGCAAACAACGCAAACCAAGCCUGGGCGAUAGUACAGCCAAGGAAGAAGCCAGCACAACAAGCUAAAAAACCAGUAUCUUACUACCAGACGCUAGUUACACUAGAAGAGGGCCAAACAACUAGCCCUCUACUAGUAAGAAACAAGAUCAACCAAGCCUUCCAGAAGGCCGGCAUUGCUGGCCCAGUUAUCCAACAGGUGGCAAUAAGCAAAAGAAAUAAUCUUAUUCUUACAACCACCGAAGGAUACUCAGGAGAAUUUCUACUAAAGCAAGUUAAUACUUGGCAAAACCAGCUCCCAAUUAAGAAAGCCCAGCCGCUAGAGUCCUGGACUAAACUUGUGGUACACGGGGUGCCAACAACAUUCGACGGGGCUGAAAACCUUCAGCUACUACACACCGAAAUCCCAACGUACAACAAGAACCAAACUAUCGUUGGCAACCCAUACUGGCUAUCUAGAAGCUGGAAAGAUAAGCAAACAAGCUCUAUUGUUAUUGCUUUCAAAUCCGAAGAAGAAGCGAAGAAGAUUGGCAGCAGAAUAACAAUUCUUGGCCAAUCCCUUCGGGUUGAGAAAUACCGCCAAAUCCCACUAACUGCGCAGUGCAGCAAGUGCCAAGGAUUUGGACACAACUUUAGCAGGUGUAGGAACCUAGCUAGCUGCCAGUUCUGUGCUGAAAACCACCUAACUACUCAGCAUAACUGCAGUAUUUGCAAAACAAGAGGGAAGGCCUGUAAUCACACACUCCCAAAAUGCAAAAACUGUAAACAAACCCAUUUUGCAAAUAGCAAAGACUGCGAGGUAUUUCUAUCUAUCAAAUCAUAAUGAUAGAAAACCUUAAAGUACUACAAGUAAACCUAAACAAAAACCCACGUACUACAGAAUCAACGCUACAACUAGCAAUCGAGCUUAAAGUUGAUAUUAUCGCAAUCC